UAAAUUCAGCUUUCAAGCUACAUUAUGCUAGAUUUUAUUAAAAGUUUGGCCAAAUUAUCGAAAUUAUUAUAUUAAACAUUUGGAUUUUAAAUUGCACAUGUAUGGGUUUGAAUAUAAAUCGAAAAGACAAUGGCCAAGAGAGGAGCAGCACAACAGUUACAGACUGAAGUUAAAACCGACGAAGAAUUGGAAAAGUUCUUAGCUCGUCCUGGAUUGCUGAUUUUGGAAGUGUAUUCAGAAUGGUGUGGCCCAUGUCUUGGAGUCCUUGGUACCCUGCGUAGAAUUAAACUCGAAAUAGGAGGCGAAAACUUACAUCUGGCAAUAUGCAGAGCGGACACUAUAACGGCCUUAAAGCGGUUUUACAAGAGAAGUGAACCUACUUGGCUAUUUGCAACAGGUGGAAAAGCUGUUAGUAUUUUCUAUGGCUCUGAUGCUCCAAAAUUAGUUGCUGUAAUCAUAAGAGAACUGGAAAAGACAUUACAAAACGCAUCUCGGCCAACGUACCAGAUAGGAGAUCUACAGCCCAUUGAGGCGGAAGUUUUAAGGAUCAAAACAGAAGCAAUUAAAAAGGCUGAACGAAUUGAACAUGAAAAGCAAGAGAAGAAGAGAAUUGAUUACCUGAACCGUUGUACGGAUGUAAUAAUGGAAAACUUACCGGAUAUAGGUGUGACGGUUUUUGGGCCACAAGUAUCGCGGGAUAUGUUUAAAAAACUUUCAGAGCCAGCCGAGCAUCUUAAAAUGCAAUGUAAAGAUCGAAAGUAUCUCGAAGUUUUUGCAAAAGACUUUGAAAUUAUUAAUUACUCUUGCAAAAAUCCAUUAUCCGAUGAUGUUAUCGAUCAAUUGGAUGGCAAAGAAUUACUUGUGUGUUUCUGGAAAAUAGAUGAGGCCUCUGGUCCUAUAACGCAUGUGCUGUCUACAUACGCACAUGAGCUAACAAAGGAAAGAGUUGCCCCUCCAGAUGACGAAAUUAAUGUACCACAUCCUAUAGCACCCAUCAUAUCGCCAAUUAAAGUCAAAUUCGAGGUUGAAAUAGAAGAUGGUGAAGUAUGGGUGGAAGAAAUUAGCUCAGAAGAGGAGGCAAGAAAGUUAGCCGAGAGAAAAGCUGCUGAAAAAUCGAAAUCGGCUACUCACUUGCAAGAUGAAUCCCGUCCAAAGGACCAGGAAGGAGCUGAGGAUGAUGACGAAGAGGAAGCAAGUGAAGAAGAAGAGGCUAUGCAGGCUGUACAGCCGGCAUUCCCUAACAUGGCUUUGGAUAUCGAUUUGGGUCUUGAUGAUAAUAUUGUCAGUGAAGAAGAGAUGGUGGAAGAAGAGGAAGAACCACCUAAGCCUUUGACACGUAUCAAGCGUGUCAAAAUCCCACCCAUAUGGGUUGCCAACAAUCGUCGCACUCAUGCUGCCUUGAUCUAUGUGUUCUUCCGUAGCCAAACCAGCGGAUUUUUACCACCCGAUCCACCACCAGAGCCACCUCACGUUGUAAUGGCAUUCGAAGCAUUUAAGCGAGAUGAUGUAAUGGAAGUUGUGGAAGCGAGCAAAGAAGAUGUACCUCAAUAUGGAUUCUUCACUAAUGACACUCCAGGAGAGGCUAAAUUAAUAACGAAUUCUAUAUACAAAUACGAUAAAUUAGAGGAACCUUCAUCGAGCGAUAGAAUUGUGCUUAAGGUUAACAAAGUUCAAUCGUAUACUAUGCUAUCAUUGGUGCAAUUCGAGCCCACUUACUGUAGUAAUAAUGUUACGUCCGGUCGCAUGGAUGCACUCAAAUUCUUCCCAGAGGAUUAUAAGACCGAUGAAGAAAUACCACCGGAUGCGCAGAAAAAGCAAAAGAAGAAGAAGAAGACUCAAGACGCAAGCGGAGUAGAUGAAUCACCUAAGCUGUCCACUGAGACUGCAAAAUCCAUUGAUAUAGCUGCUGGUGACGAAAACACGGAAGACUCACCCAAAGCCCUAGAAGGUGAAGCACAGACGCCCGAAGUCCAAGCAGGCGAGACGCUAAUAACUGAAUCUCCAACUGUUGCUGAUCCGUCUGCUGUACCUACAGAGGGUGCACCAGCAGCUGGCGAUGGAACUGACACACAGGAACCACCAAAGGAAGAAAUUAAUGCCGAUCUAAUAGAAGCACCUGCUGUUGAUGGCGCUGCGGCAGCAACUCCCGCAGCGCCAACCGAUCCGGCUCCAAUGGAAUAGUUCGUUCGACACACUUUCAUAUGUAUAAAAACUUCAGUGACCCAAACUGUAAAGAAAUACAUGCCUAUGGUCGUCUACAAAAAAA